AUAUAUAUAUAUAUAAAUACCUGCAUUCGAUUAAACAUAUCGACGAAGGAGAAUUCGGCGAACGCUGCUUUUUAAAUUUUCGAUCGUCGGUCCGAUCUCUUAAUGAUACGGUUCUUCGUCAAGAAAAUCUUCUCGAAGUGCAUAUCAGUAAUGUAUGUAUAACAAAAUUGGAAAUGAUAUCGCGUAGAUAAAACGAAACGAAACGAAAAGAAAAAUUGAAAAAAAAAGGAAAACGCAAAAGAAAAGUGAAAAAAAUUUCCUUCGUGGAUCAAGGAGUACUCAUUUUUUGCAUACGUCACGACGAAUCGUAUUUUACUAUAUUAAUUUCUUUCAUAUUACGAGAUUUUAUCUCAUAUUAUACGAUUAAACGAUCCGGAUUUAAAAAAGGACCGAAAAUAAAAUAUAUAUAACGUCUUUUCAUGGGAUCGAUCGUUUUCAUCCGUUGAUACGAUCUUACGCGAGAUCGUUCAAUGCGCGACGAGAUUAAAUAUUUUAUGUUUCCUUUCUUUCUUUCUCUUUCGUUUUUUUUUUCUUUUUUCUUUAUUUCUUUUAUUUCAGUUGAAUUGUCACACUUACAAUGCGUUUGUUUUUCUUUUCUUUUUUUUUUUUCGCGCUGUACUCUAUCUAUCGUAGCGCGAAGCAUAUUGAGUUCGUGACGUUAAUGACUCAAGAGUAAAUGAAAUAUAGUAAGUACAGUAAGAGCGAACUAUACGUAUUGUUAGACGCGGAGCUUGAAUACAUAUAAAAUACGUUAUAAUGAUUAAAGGACACGUGCGCACUGAACAAAUACAUCUUGUUAUUUAUAAUAAACGAAUUCGAAAGCAAAUAUUUAUCAUUUCUACUAUAUAAUUUUGCUUGACGUUCCUCCUUUCACAUUUAUAUUUUAUUUUUACUUCAUAUGUGUAUUAUUUUUAUUUCACUUGCCGAUUAUUAUCAAUCGCAGGAAACGAAGUGAAAGUUUCUCACUUAUCUUAUAUUUUAAUAAUAUAUAUCUUCUACAUUAUUUCGUAAAAAUAAAUCGAUAAAAUAUUUCAUUGAUAUAACAAAUCGAAAAUUUUUAUUUACCAAUUUCUUUCUUGUUUAUAGAAAUUGCUUUAAUAAAACGAAAAACUUUCUUUCGUUAUCGUAAGAUAUUCUUAAUGCUAAAAAUGUACGCGUUUCUCGGUGAUAUGAAAAUGUCAUGUCUACAUACGUACCUUCUCAUGUACAUAAUCGAGAUAGAAAAAAAGAAGUGUAAAACCGAUAAAAAGUAAACCUGGUAGGCUUAUACUUCCCGUCAAUUUUCUCACGACUCUUUUGGCUUGUUACAACAUUUCGAACACCCACUUGGUCACUCGCGUGGAAAGAUUAAAAGCACGAGUAAUAUCUUUGCAUUCUACGAGGUUAACUACUCUUACUCUUGAAUAUUUAAAAACUUGAAUGAUUAAUAAACGGAAUAAUGAUCGAUGCAAAAUCGAAUGUUUUAAAUUAACGAAUUAAAAGUUAUUGAGAAUAAAGAAGAAACGUAGUAAUUUAAGUGGAAAACUUUUUUUCCCGAUUUUUGCGAACAAUGCGUUCGAAAAAAAAAAAUAUUUCUUCGCAGAGCGUUUCGAAACAAUGAACGUUAAAUUAAUUGCAAAUAAAAAAUGUAGAAGAUGUAAAAGGCUAAAAAAAAAAAAAAAAAAUUCCUCAUUCCUUUUUCGUACAGGUAUUUGUUAAUUUAUAGGUAUUUACUAAGCUACACGAAGAGUUUUGAACGAAGAAAAGUUUUCUCGCAUACGAGCGAUCGCACGUACAACACUCGAUCGCGUACGUGUUUCAAUGACGAGAAACCAGUUCCCUUCGGCGAUUUUUGCGACGAUAAAACGAGACGCGUCUUCGGGGAAUCGACGGCAUCGUACGUAAGUGCAUUUACCCUCUCUGAUUUGCAAUGAUCGAUCGUGCACGCGUAUGCACGUACACGCAUAUGUACUUACUUUUUCUUUUCUUUUCUUUUUUUUUUUUGCGUUUUGGCAUAAUCGGAAACUUACUUACGGCUUUCUCGCUACAUCCUCUUUUUCUUUAACCAGUACGUCAUUCCAACUUCGUUGCUUUCAUCGUCGUUGUCCAUUUUUUCUUCUCUCGGUUGAUCGUUGGAUCAAGUGGACCGUUGCAAAAUUCAAAAUACAACAGUAGUACAAAAUUAACGAAUUACAAACGACAUUAAUCCGAACGAAAGAGAACUGAAGAAAUUUCGUUAUGAGACACGCGAAAUAUGAGAUUAAUAAUAUGAAUGAUCGAAUUAAAAAAAAAUAAAAAAAUAAAAAAAAAAAAGAAAUUAAAGGAUGAAAUUACGUGUGUAUCCACGAAGAACGACUUGAGUAGAGAUAGAAACGACUUCGAGAAAGUCCGGUAAUUUCCGUGAGAGUUCGACGGCGUCGUUAAUCGGCCCCGCCGGUGGCGCCGUCUGUCGCGCUUUAAACGAAACCUCGCUGGUCUUUGACAAGGCGCGCGUAUUCUUGAGUCGACUAGCGUGGGAGUAAGAGCAGUUGCCCCCGACGCGAAGACGGUCGACAAGGUGGUCGCCGCGACACCUUACCCACCGCUCGAAACGCGUCUCUUUCUUGUGCACGUCGACCUCUUCUAUCUUCUGUGUCGGGAUUUAUACUAGUGAAAUUGGCAAUAAAAAAUUUCUUAUUAUCGUCGGACAUUUUUGCUACAAAGUGUUUCUUUUAUUUACUUAUUACACGUACACAAACCAAGAUUCAAUCCAUCGUCGUGAAUUUCUCUAGUGUUUCACUAGUAUGUUGAAAAAGGAAGAAACGAAUAGGGAAAGGAGAUUCAUCAUUUCAUUUGUCCUCGAUGAAAAUUACGAGGAAUGUUAAGAUAAGACGAACGAAGAAAGGUGGAAAAAGAGAGCGCGAAGUUUGAAAUCAAGUGUAUCGAGCAAGUGCCAUCAUUGCUCGGAAAAAAAAAAAUUAAAUAUAAAUAAAUAGAAGAAGAAGGAUAGGUCGAUGUACGUAUACUCGUUAUCCGCCUUGAAGAUUUUUCUUCUUCGAAAAGACGCGAGAGUUUCGUUGUUGUGUGUAUAUUACGGGAGUGUAGUAACGUCCACAUGUGCGGUGUUUGUGUAGUAGUCGAUAUGCGAGGAUCUUCGUGAAGGUGUUUGCGAAGAAGCAGAGUCUCUUCCUUCUUGCGUCCUCGCUCUGGAUACAGGAUUAAACAUGGGACUGGGCACUAUCUUCGUCCUCUACGUCUCCUUUAUGCUGAUCUACUCUGAUCAGGCGGACGUCAUCGAGGAAAGAGGUUAACGUCGACCUAUGUAAAAUUUCGAUCUCUGUCGUACAUCGAUCGACGAUUUUACAAUGAAACAAAAAAAAGAAAAAAAAAAGAAAAAAAAAAAGAAGAAAAAAGAGAGAAGCAAAAGAAAAAAGAAUUUACAAGAUUGGGACUCUAAUAUUAGAAAUUAUAGACAUUUUGGAAACGAUGAUAUCGACCUAACUUUAUUCAACGAGAAAAAUAUUGUAGAUGAUCCAUCCGAGAUCAGUAAGAGCUAGCUCGAGGAUUUAAUGACGGCGAUCAUAUUUAUUGGAUCAUUUUAACGACGCCUAUUGUACUCGUUUUAUAUACCUAAUUCUCUAUCGUCCGAGAUUUCUCCUUUUACCUCGAGCCGGCAAACAACAAAUUAUACCUUAAGAGUCCCGAUCUUUCGCCUGCGACCAUCAUUCGCAAGUCUAAUAUCGGCUCUCACGGCGACGUUUUAUUCGCGAUCUAUGCACGUAGAAGGACGAUCACGUUGAACGCUUCCAGGCACUUUCAUAAUCCUUGCAUCGUACUUGCGCAUAAAGAAGACAAAGAAAUCGAACGAAGAAAUCGAACGAGAACGUGCAUUUCAAGAAGAUCGAGAAAUGAAGGAUAUCAAUAUCGAUUGUUGUCGUCGAGUUUAUCCUGACACCGGAUAUGCACCGAGCCCGGUGAAAAGACAGCGAUGGCAAGAACGCCGAGAACGAGCCCUAGAGCCUCCACCGAUCAUUUUCAUCCUCACCCUCGUAACAAUCGAAGACAACGCGAAGAAGAGGCUUGCGUUCUCAAGGUCACCUUGGCAAGGCCCCCGACCUCGUGGAUGGCAUGAGAGCUCAUCAUGUUCAUCAACCACCGACACUGGCCAGGAGCGCUGUCGACUUUUAACAUCUUCGGGCUGACGUUACUACUACUAAUCGUCCUCGGCUCUUAUGAUGUCUCCGCGGAUCUUAAUUCGGAGUUCGUUAAAGGGAAAAUCUGCAUCGGAACAAAUGGCCGUCUUUCCGUGCCGUCCAACAAACACCACCAUUACCGGAAUCUUCGAGACCGGUACACCAACUGUACUUACGUCGACGGUAACCUGGAGAUUACGUGGCUCCAGAAUGAAACCCUCGAUCUCAGCUUUCUCCAAUAUAUACGAGAAGUCACCGGAUACGUCCUCAUUAGUCACGUGGACGUACGGAAGAUCGUCCUUCCUAGAUUGCAAAUCAUACGUGGAAGAACCCUCUUCAAACUCAAUAUUCACGACGUGGAGUUCGCUCUGUUCGUCACGAUGUGUCAAAUGCACAAUCUGGAGAUGCCGGCCCUCAGAGACAUUCUCAACGGAAGUGUGGGUAUGUACAACAACUACAACCUCUGCCACAUCAAAACGAUCAACUGGGAGGAAAUAAUUACGGGUCAAGGUGGGAAAUAUUUAUACGUCUAUAAUUUCACUUCGCCCGAACGUGUUUGUCCGGAGUGCGAUAAGAGUUGCGAGCAGGGUUGCUGGGGAGAAGGACCUGAGAACUGUCAGAGGUACUCGAAAACGAACUGCUCACCACAAUGCUGGCAGGGCAGGUGCUUCGGGCCCAAUCCACGAGAGUGUUGUCAUCUUUUUUGCGCUGGUGGCUGCACUGGCCCUAAACAAAGCGACUGUCUUGCUUGCAAAAACUUUUUCGACGAUGGAGUUUGUACACAGGAGUGUCCGCCAAUGCAAAAAUAUAACCCGACAACUUACUCGUGGGAAGCUAAUCCUGAUGGAAAAUACGCUUACGGAGCAACGUGCGUUAGAAAAUGUCCUGAACAUCUUUUGAAGGAUAAUGGAGCUUGCGUAAGAUCUUGUCCACCAAAGAAGAAAGUUUUGAAUGGCGAAUGUGUACCUUGUGACGGUCCCUGUCCUAAGACAUGUAAAGGAGUUGAAAAGGUUCAUUCCGGUAACAUCGAUAGCUUCAAGGACUGCACAAUCAUCGAAGGAUCCAUCACAAUUCUCGAUCAAAGUUUCGAAGGAUUCCAAGACAUUUAUCCGAAUUUUACUUUCGCCAAACGUUACAAAAAAAUGCAUCCUGAUAAAUUGGAAGUCUUCAGUACGUUAAAAGAAAUCACAGGGUAUUUGAAUAUUCAAGGCGAUCAUAAAGAUUUUACGAAUCUUUCAUAUUUCCGUAAUCUCGAAGUGAUCGGUGGUAGAACCUUAACGGAAUAUUUUUCAUCUUUGUACAUCGUAAAAACGUCCUUGGUAUCGUUGGGUCUGAGCGCAUUGAAAAAGAUUUAUUCUGGUGCUAUCGCCAUAUUGGAGAAUAAAAAGUUGUGCUACGCACAGAGUAUUAAUUGGAGCAGAAUCAAGAAAUCUUCGGAACACGACAGCUUAUAUUUGAACAACAGAAACGAAAGCGAUUGCAAAGCAGAAAAUUUGGUAUGCGAUGAACAAUGCUCAGAUGAAGGAUGUUGGGGUCCUGGGCCAGCUCAAUGUUUGUCUUGUAGAAACUUCAUCUUAGGAAAUGACUGCCUUCAAGAUUGCGUUGCAUCUGGAAUUUACCAAGCGGACGAGAAAACUUGUAAAUUAUGCCACGAAGAAUGCGACGGCUCUUGUACCGGACCGAAUGCCGAACAUUGUACCAAGUGUAAACACGUUAGAGAUGGUCCCUAUUGUGUUCAGGAAUGUCCGUCUUCAAAGUAUAACGAUAAUGGCCAAUGUAAACAUUGUCAUGAAAAUUGUGUGGGUGGUUGCGAAGGUCCAGAAAACAAUAUAGGAGCUAACGGAUGUCACAGCUGUGAAAAAGCGAUUAUGAAUGGUCAUAUACCUGCAGGAUGUUUACAAAAAAGGGAACCAUGCCCAGAUGGACAUUAUUACGAGUGGGUUAGUCCACAAGAGCAAGGUGCUUUAAAAUCUCUUGCAGGUAAAGCUGUAUGUCGAAAGUGUCACCCACGUUGUAAAAAAUGCAAUGGUUAUGGUUUUCACGAACAAGUGUGUCAACAAUGUACAAAAUAUAAAAGAGGAGAACAGUGUGAGGACGAAUGUCCUGCCGACCAUUUUGCUGAUGCGGAAACGCAAUUAUGUAUACCCUGUUUUGGGGAAUGCCGUGGUUGUUUCGGUUCUGGACCCAAUCAAUGCUACAAAUGCCGUAAUUACAAAAUUUAUAUCGAUGGCGAUCCAAAUGAUAAUUCAACAUCUUUCAAUUGUACCGAAACUUGUCCACCGGAAUAUCCACAUAAAAUCUUCCCUCAGGAUAAUGAACCCUACUGUUCCUUAGAAAUCAUCAGCCCUGGCUUUCAAAUAGAAAACGAACUUCGACCUGCUAUCGUUGCCGGUGCUGUCGUUUUCAUAGUGGUAUUCGUUGUAGUGGCAUCGAUAAUCACUUAUCAAUGGCGUAUGCAUGCAAAAGCUAAAGAGAAUACCGUAAAAAUGACAAUGGCAUUAACAGGCUUGGAUGACAACGAACCGCUUCGACCAACAGGUGUAAAGCCAAAUUUGGCGAAGUUACGUAUAAUCAAAGAAGAAGAGAUGAGAAAGGGUGGCAUCUUAGGUUACGGAGCUUUUGGUAAUGUCUAUAAAGGUGUUUGGGUACCGGAAGGUGAAAAUGUGAAAAUUCCAGUCGCCAUAAAAGUUUUACACGAUGGUACGGGUACGAAUACUUCGAAAGAAUUUCUCGAUGAAGCAUACAUCAUGGCUAGUGUCGAACAUCCAAACUUGUUACAAUUGCUGGCUGUUUGUAUGACGUCACAGAUGAUGUUAGUAACACAAUUAAUGCCAUUAGGCUGUCUGUUAGACUUCGUACGAAGAUACAAAGAUAAGAUAGGCUCAAAGGCUCUGUUAAAUUGGUGUACCCAAAUAGCAAGAGGUAUGGCUUAUCUCGAGGAAAGAAGGCUGGUUCAUAGAGAUCUGGCUGCACGCAAUGUACUCGUUCAAACACCAAAUUGUGUGAAAAUCACAGAUUUUGGAUUGGCGAAACUUUUGGAUAUCAACGAGGAACAGUAUAAAGCAGCGGGUGGGAAAAUGCCGAUAAAAUGGUUAGCAUUAGAAUGUAUACAACAUCGUGUUUUUACUCACAAAUCCGACGUGUGGGCAUUUGGUGUUACUAUUUGGGAAGUACUCACAUAUGGUGGUAGACCAUAUGAAAGUGUACCGGCAAGAAAUGUUCCUGAAUUGUUGGAAAAAGGUGAAAGAUUGCCACAGCCUGUUAUCUGUACUAUAGAUGUUUAUAUGAUUAUGAUCAAAUGUUGGAUGUUGGAUGCGGAAUCUAGGCCUAGUUUUAAAGAACUAGCCGAAGAGUUUGCUAAAAUGUCUAGGGAUCCUGGUCGAUAUCUUGCCAUUAAAGGAGACAAAUACAUGAGGUUACCGUCAUACACUUUACAGGACGAGAAAGAAAUGAUCCGAAAUCUCGCAUCAGCUAUGGAUGGACCAGAAGCAUUAGUAGAUGCCGAUGAAUAUCUUCAACCAAAAUCGAGAGCACCUGUACCACCUGGUAUUUCAGUGUCUAGUACUUCCGAUUCUCCACCACAUUCGCCUGUUAAAACAUGCUGGCCAAAUGGUAAGCCACUGGCGGCGGAUUCUCCAAUACCGCAAAAUCAACAAAACUGGGAUAGGGAAUUAUUGAGAUAUAAUUCGAAUCAUGGAAAUGGAAAUGCGUCUCAUGAGCCUGGAAAUUCUGGACAACAUGGUCAUUAUGCUCAUCCGAAUGGACAUUGUGGACACGUUGUAGGUUCUGAUAGUUCAAGUUCGAGAUACUGUUCCGAUCCAUUAAAAAUGGUCGUUGUCAGAGAUUGUGACGUAACAGACGACUGUUUCAAUACCGAGGUAAAUACGGCACACCAACAAGCACAAGUAGGCAAUCUUAAAUUAGAUUUGCCGUUGGACGAAGACGAUUAUUUAAUGCCAUCGCCACAGCUUCCAACCAAUACAACUCAAUACAUGGAUCUCAUAGGAGACACAAAACCUUCAGACUCAGAAUCAAAACGAGUGAACAAUGGUUAUCGAAAGUAUCCAGAAUUCUUGACGAUCCAAGGGAAAACAUCGUUAGAUAAUCCAGAAUAUAUAAUGUCACAAGAUGAAGGACCUCUAACGCCUCAAACUCUAGGAAUUCCAACACCGGAUUUAGAAAAGGUCUUAACGAACGGAGCAUUUGGUUCUCAAGUUCGGCAAAGAAGUUCCGAAGAGGAAUCGGAUCACGAAUAUUACAAUGAUUUCGAUAGACUUGAACGCGAAUUACAACCGCUAAAACCUUUUAGGAAGAAUGAAACAACCGUUUGAUUGUACUCAAAUCGUGAUUUCAUUAAAACUUAUACAGGAGAAUAAUAAGUUUCGUGACUUCGAGAAGUAAUCGACGAAUAAGAUUUACGUAUGAAAUCAAAAGUGUGCAUUUCGUUUGUAAAACAGUCGGAGAAUAAAAAUCGAACGUCACGGAAAAUACAUAUUUGUAUCCAAAGGACGAUUACUCGAAUGAGUAUGUCUUACAGUACUUACAAAGGACGCUUCGUUCAAGUGCCGCGCUCGAUUGUGAUUAGACUUAAGUCGUAUGAUACGAGAAUUGUGAAAGAUGUUCGAUUGAGAAACAGAAUGAUAGAAUUUAGGAUAAAUCGGACGACGCCACAUAAAACGAGCGAAAGCGCAUAUUAUUAUGCGUUAUCCGCUUUCAAGCGAAUAAAUAGUGCAAACAUUUUUCUUAAUGUGCCAUUUGCCAUGGCUUGUAAAUAAAUUGUUACCUAAAAAUCUGUAAGAUUUAUUGAAAGUUUAGAGAGCUUUGGCGUAAGGUAACGACAUAAGGCUGCACGAACAAUACACAAUCGUUUCUCUUUCCUUUCACUUUGAAAAAUUUUAUAUCAUUCUAAUAAUAAUUGAAAUGCUUGAUCGAUCGAAAACAUCUGUCUCUACAUAAUAGUAUGACACGACGAUUCGACAAUCUCGUUCUUAGAUAGGUACAACCUUGCCUCAAUGACUGACCUUUUAGAGAUAUCGAUAAUUUUGAAUAUAAUAUAACGCGAGCAAAUCUAUUGUUGGGAUCCAAAAAGAUCCAUGAACGUUUGGAUUGCCCAUAGUGGAGCAUCGUGCGGUUAGCCGCUGACUGUGAUAAAAAAGACAUUCUAUUUUACCUUGGGAACACUUAAAUAUCGCGACGGCUACUCUUAUUUCUUUUUUCGCUCCUUUUUUGUUAUUUUUUUUUUUUUUUUUUUUUUAUUAUAGUACGAUCCUCUCAGACAAAUUAUUAAAGAGUGAGAUACAGAAAAAGAGAAAACCGUCAUCAACGUAAAUUUCCCUUACAAAUACGAAAUAAUAUUAUCGUGUCUCUACUUAAAAAUUUUAUAUCAUUUUCUCUUUCUUAGUCUGAACACGCACUGUUUGUUUGGACGAUCCUUUUCGAUGCUUUUGUUAUGCUAUUGUUUUUUUUUCUUUCUUUCUUUUUUCUUUUCUUUCCUUUUUUCGAAAACUCAAUUAAAUUGAGUUAAAUCGAAUUCAAAUGAUGAUUUCGAUUUUUAUACGAAAUACGAUUGUAAAUAAAUUAGCGAUUAGUAGUAUUCUAAGUAAAAACUUCCACGACGGUGGAAGUUGGAAGUACUUGAAAAAGAAGCAUACCUAGUUUUAUUGCCUAAAUCGAAACGGGCUGUAUAAAAAUAUAGUUAUACAGUGACGCACCGUGUAACAUUAGGGUAGGAUGUGCCAUGUUUGUACAGGAAAGAAAGUAUGAGAUGAUUUAAAUGGAUCUAUGACCUGUGUAUGUAUUUAAAAAGAAAAAUUUUUUAAAGAAACGAGACCUCUUUCUCGGCCACCCGAUACAUUUAUUAUGAAUUGAUAUACGCGUAUGCUAAAUUGGUGUUAGCGAGAUUAAAAAAGAUUUUUGAUCGGUACAUAUUAUUUCUGUGAUAAGUAAUAAAAAAAACAAAGAAAAAAGCAAAUAUAAUCUUUAUGUUAAUACGAACAAGAAAAUAUUAUCAAUUUCUAUAUUGUUAUUGUAAAGUAAAAACAAAAGAUAAAACAAUUUGAUAACAUACAAUAUUGCUACGCGUAACACAAUGUCUUAUAUAAGAUAAUAAAAGAUGUAAAGAGGAGAGAGGAGGUGGAGCGCCAGUGCGAAUUGUGUAUAUUACGUUUAAGCGUUACUAAUUAUUAUUAAUAACAUUCAUUUUGUAAUAUAUAGAUCAUCACGCCGCGCUGAAUAACAGAAGAAUCGAAGAAAGAGAAGAUAAGCGUUGUUUUUAAAAGAUUUUGUUUUUUCUAAAGAUCUCUAUCGUUCUCA